AUGAAACCACGCGCGAGCCUCGAUCUGGCCGGCGUUGCCGACUUUUUGAAAUCAGGCGCGUGCAAGUCCGUCUAUGUCCUUACCGGCGCCGGGGCUUCGACGGGCGCAGGGAUUCCUGAUUUCCGGUCACCGGGAGGAAUGUAUGACUCCUUGCGGCCCGAGCUCAUCACUGCCACGGAGGCGCAGCGCAAGCGCAUGCGCAUGGACCCUGUCAAUGUGGUCAUGAAGGAUAUGUUUUUUCAGAACCAGUUCCCGUACCUUGAGGUGCGAAGGCCUUUCAUUCUAGGAACACAGCAGCAGCAAUGGAAGGCCACAUUGACGCAUUGGUUCAUGCACUUUCUGGAAGAGGAGGGCUUGCUGAAGCGUCUGUUCACUCAAAACAUUGACGGCUUGGACUAUCAAACUGGCAUCUCGCCGAAGCUGGUCACAAACGUCCAUGGGAGCGUGGCGAGGGUGUCAUGCGAAGGAUGUGGCGCAGAGAUGCCAUUCGACGACUUCUGCACACAGGUCCGAGCCAACGUAAAGGAUAUCUACAAAACCGACCCCACGGCUCCCGCAGAAUCUUCCAACAUCAACUGCCCACGAUGCAGUCGCCCACUGGUGAAGCCAAAUACCGUGCUUUUUGGCAGCUCGCUCCCGACAGAGUUCUUCGAGCAAACAGCCGAGCUGCAGCAGGCAGAUCUCCUCAUUGUGGCGGGCACGUCCCUCGUUGUGUCGCCGGCCAACGCCGUCGUGGGUAUGGUUCCAGGAGAAUGUCUCAGGCUCAUCGUCAACAAAGAGCCAGUUGGCGAAGAUUUGGGCAUCCGAUAUGGCAAAGAUGCAACUCGUGAUGUCUGGGCAGGCGAGAUCUCCUGUGAUGAAUCUUUCCUGGAGCUCAUCAAACUUCUCGGGUGGCAAGACAAGGUCCGCAAAAUCAAGCAUCUACUCCCAGAAAGUAACCAAGUGCUGGUCAAAGACUUGUGA